AUGCUUCGCUCCCUGCUUGUAGCUGCCAUUGUAGGCGCGUCGUACGUGUUCAGUAGUCCCCUAUUGAACACUACUGCCCCUAGGGCUUGCGGUACUUUCAUAAGUCCAGAGAACCUCAUCGUCGCCGAAGCCGAUUUUCAGGCAAAGAAAGUCGUUCCCGGCGAAAUUGGCAUAUUCGCCGCUACCAUCCCCAUCUAUUUCCAUGUCAUCAGUUCCGGCUCUGCCGUCAGCCAAGGAAACAUUCCUGAUUCUCAAAUCCAAUCUCAAGUGACGGUUAUGAACCGAGCAUUCGCAAGUGCAGGUAUUACCUGGUCACUCGCUGGGAUCGACCGCACUGUGAACACAAACUGGUUCAAUACUGCCGGUCCUGGAAACUCGGCACAAAAUUCGAUGAAAAGCUCUCUUCGCCGGGGAGGCGCCAACGCUCUCAACGUCUACACUGUUGGCUUCAACUCGGGCGCCGGCGCCGGACUCCUUGGCUAUGCUACAUUCCCAUCGAGCUACUCUAGUAGUCCCACUGACGAUGGUGUCGUCAUGCUCUUUUCUUCUGUUCCUGGUGGUACCACAACGAACUACAACCUCGGUCAAACACUGACACAUGAAGCCGGUCACUGGGUCGGCCUCUAUCACACUUUCCAAGGUGGUUGUGGAUCCCCGGGGGAUAGUGUCAGCGACACACCUCCUGAGGCUUCUCCCGCAUCUGGGUGCCCUGUUGGUCGCGACACAUGUGCUGGAGGAGGCGUUGACCCCAUCCACAAUUUCAUGGACUACUCCUAUGACUCUUGCAUGACCGAGUUCACCCCAGGACAAGUCACUCGCAUGCGUCAACAACUUAGCACUUACCGCGGAAUAAGCAUCUGA